GUGGAGGCAGGGGCGCUGCCGGCGGAGCUGCGGCGGCUCAGGUUGAUUCAGAGUGGGCGACGGCGGUCUGGCGCAGGCCCACGGCGGAGGAAAAGCGGCUUAUCUCCCCUCCGGGUUGCCAUGGAGACGGGCGGGCGGCGGCGGCGGCGGCGGGGCUGUCAGUGAGGGAUCGCACCGGGCACCGGGGCGGCGGAGGAGGAGAGGCCGCGGCGGCGGCAGCGGCAGAGAUGGACUCGCACUGCGACUGUGCCGAGCCUCCGGCCGCCGAGCAGCCGUCGGGGAGGAUUAACAAAACCGCCUUCAAACUGUUCAAGAGGAGGAAAUCCGGGGGCACCAUGCCGAGCAUCUUCGGGGUGAGGAGCAAAGGCGGGGAGGGGAAGGGCGCCAGCAAAACGGGGAUGGUGCGGAGUCGGACACACGACGGCUUGGCCGACGCCGUGCUGGAGAGCAGCAAGAAGGAGGAACCGGCCGGUGGCGACCCGCAGAGCAAGGAGGCGCAGGGCCGGCCCGCCGGCAGCCUCGGCGUCUCCGCCGGCAGCUCGGUGGCCAAGUCUCACAGCUUCUUCUCCCUGCUGAGGAAGAACGGCAGGCCGGAGAACGGCAGGGCGGAGAGCGCGGAUCAGCGGGCUGGCGGUAGACAAAAGAAGGGGCUGAAAGGGAUUUUCAGCAGCAUGAGAUGGCAUAAGAAAGACAAAAACGGCAAGGAGGAGAGGGGGGAAACAUCGGAGAUCCCGUCCGGCCUGAUUAUGCCAGGGUCUCUGACUGCCAGCCUGGAGUGCAUCAAGGAGGAGACGCCGAAGCCUUUGUCUGAAGCGCCGAGCAGCGCAGCCGACGUCGGGCUGGAGCCACCGCGGGAGAAGCGCAGCAGCGAGGUGCACGCCUCGGCCCAGGAGCCUGAAACGGGAGGUGGGGAGGCGCAGAACGGCAGCCCCGCUCCCGGGGAGGACCUUGCCGCGGCUGGAAGUCGACCCGAGGAGCUCCGCAGCGAGCCACCGGACCAGGGCGCCGGAGAGGUUGGGACUGCGAAGGAUGCGGCCAUAACAGGUGACAUUCCAAUAACGACUAUCCCCCCUGUUGAACCUCACUGUGAUAGCGGUCAAGAGACGGCAGCCGCCCCUGACCCUUCCUCUGUUGAUCCACCCUCAGAGCAAUCGAUUGAUCGUAUUUGUUUGAUGUUUGCUGACGUGACUUCACUGAAAAGCUUUGACUCUCUUACAGGCUGCGGAGAUAUUAUUGCGGACCAUGAGGAGGAUGUGGGCGGCGGGAGUGGCAGCUGCGAGAAGAGCAUCCCCGGGGCCAGCAAGCUGGGUGCAUCCAAGAAGCGCCCCACCAUGGUGGCCUACCAGGGAGGAGGGGAGGAGAUGGCCAGUCCGGACCAGGUGGAUGACACAUACCUUCAGGAGUUCUGGGAUAUGCUGUCACAAACAGAGGAGACCCAGACAGAAGGUGGAGGAGGUGGAGAAGGGUCAAAGAGACCUGAGGGGUUGAAAGAGAAGCGAGGUACUGAGGGUGCCCAGAACAGGGUUGUGGUGAAACGUGGUGGCCUCCACCAGAUCCCUAUUCACCUCAACCACAAAGAGGAGCAGAAGGGUAGGGAGAAGGAGCAGCCUGAAGGUGUGCCAAACAGUGAUGAGGGCUACUGGGAUUCCACCACCCCUGGUCCUGAAGAAGAUGGUUCCACAAGCAUCCAGAAGGAGACCCUUCCCAGGGACAGCUACAGUGGGGAUGCUCUCUAUGACCUCUAUGCUGAGCCAGAUGAGAACCCACCAGCAGGGCCUACAGAUGAAGUGGUCACCUGUGUGCCACGACCCAAGCCUGUGUCUCCAGUAACAACCACAUGCUCACUGAAAACACCCUCAAGCACAGUGAAGGACUCCAAAAUACCUAUCAGCAUUAAACACCUUUCGUCACAUUCUGCCAGCCACGGAGCAGAUGCAAGUAACAGCCAUCACGUCGCACACCAUCACCUGGCCAAAAGUGAGAUGCACAGAACAAAAAUCCCAGUCUCCAAAGUACUGGUACGCCGGGUCAGUAACAGGGGCUUAGCAGGGACAACAGUCAAAACUGCCACACACCAGGACAGUGCCAAAAAGUAGCUGAAUAAGAGGUGAAGGCAAAUAUGGACAGUGAGGUCAGUGUGUGAAAGUUUGCAUAGAAGACCACAGAUAAUGAAUUAGUUUUGCAUCACCUGAAGAAAGGCACCUCAAAUUUUGGCUUACUAUGCCGUACUCCCUGGGCCUGCACUUCUGAAUCACUUCUUACUAGACUGGAUGGCUGAAUAUAAAAAGUCGACUUCUUUUCAAGCACUUUUUGGUUUUUUUUUUACAUUUGUAUCUUUUUUCUGCAGCACUAAACACUGGGGAGGUUCAUUUUUACAUGCCUUUUGGGAAGCAGGACUUGGAUUGUGAACCUUAAUGAGCAUCUUUCCUCAUGCAAAGCAGUGCCAUGAGUUCUUCAAGGGAACAGAGUUACAAAAGAAGCAACACAGGAGGUUCUCCAAUACACUUCUCAUUGUUUCUGAGGGAGGAGUGGAGGCUGGGUGCCUGGCUCCAAAAGUUAUGUCUGCUCUGCAAGAUGCUGGAAAAAAUGCCAAGCAAAAAACCCAACCAACCUAACAGGUAUUUUACCUGCUGUGGGAACGAGACCACUGCUCAGCAGCAGACUUGAUUGACUUCCAUGCAGGAGCUAACUAAGGAGUUAGGUGGACUUGUCUAACAGGAAAAAAUAUUUUUGUCUGUCUGUCUGUCAAGUUGGUUCUGUUCUGGUCUGAUGUAAAUGGGUAACAGACACACCUGACGUAGGUUCAGAUGUUUACGUCGAUACGUGUCCAAUAAUACAUACAAUCAGGUUCAGGGAAACACUUUACUAAAUGCCAAUAUAUACACACUGUUCACGUUUCUACAGCAACUCGGUCAGCCUGUGUAAAUAGAUACAUAUUUUAGCAGAUUUACCCCAGGUCAGAUUU